AUGAACUUUGUCGGCGUGUCUGGCCCAUUCCACCCACUUCGACUACUUGCCUUCUUCUGGAUCGCAGUGACGGCUCGUGGUGCAGAAGACGACAGCGCACUGCUGGCGGAUGAUGAAUGUCGCACCGAAGGUUCUGAGUGCCUGUUGCAUGCACUUCAGAGGCGAGGUGCGGUGGUAGAGCACAGUGCGGCGCUGCCGGAUGCCGGGGCGGAGUCGGAGCCGGACAACAGCAGCCCGGACAGAGCGAGGCAUUGUCUGCAGCCGUACGAGCAGUGCGGCGGUAUCAAACCUGAUGGUUCGCAAUAUGCAGGUGAAACCUGUUGCCAUGGUGGUUACUACUGCACGGAGGUGAACGCCAAUUGGAAGCAGUGCAAUCCGACGAAAGCAGGAGAUCCGCAUUUUGUGUACAAGCCGACGAAAGAGCUGACGGAGCCCAGCAGGGCUCCGCUGCUUACGUACUAUGUCUACAGGGCCGAGUCAGCAGAUUCUGAUUAUUUCGAUAACGUGAAUGUCGGAAAUCUUGCUGGCACCUUGUGGUACUUGCACAACGAGGUUCGCUACGCGUAUGAUGCCGCGCAGUGCACUGGACCUUGGAACUGCGACCUCAGCUAUGGGAGGUAUGGCUACUUCGUUGGAUGCAACAAUCUGGGGGAGUUUCCCUUCCCUACCUACCAAAUUUACUACGAGGGAGCCAAGUGGUACACGCUUCCAGGGCCAUGCCCAGCCAAUACCUGGCAGGAGAAGGACGCUAAGUGCAUCAAAGACCAGCCGGGCGGCCUCUGUGAAGGCACUCCCACGGGUGCUGGGGACUGCACCUACAGCAUCGAGCAUGCCGGAGAAAUCUCGAUUGACGAGAUGACGGGCAUCGAGGACUACGGUCGCUUUAUCAGCGAAGGGAACAAGAUGAACGACACCGAAGCCAACGCUGAAAGGAUGGCCAAGGUGGACAAGCUCUUCAAGGACAAGUUCCCCGACAUGCCGAGCGAUGCGGAUCUGCCAUCACCGACAUGUGAUUUCCGGAUGGAACAGUUAGCGAUCGUUGCUCUGGUGCUGUGCGAAUCCGAGCUCACCCAGAGUGGUAUCCAGGCGCAGGUGCACAAGGCCACGCCCAAGAAGUGCCCUCCACCUUGCGCUGCCCGGUGA